UAAAGUGAGUCCGGGGUUGUCUCUUUAAAUCAACGCUGCAGAGCUGAGACGGUAAAGCCUUGAUCACACCUGCAGUGAUCUUGCGCAAAAUGGAACGCAGCAUCAUCUGGAUAUGCAUGUAACAAAAAAUCUGCAUUCACCUUCUGCUACUACUUCUGUCAAGCUGUCUAAGCAUAUCAUUUGAUGCAUAUGUUCGAUAAAUCCAACGUACGCACCACACAGAAAACACUGCAACUGCCUCUGCAAUGUAAUGCUGUAAGGAAAACGCAGCGUUCCAUUUGAAACGAAUUUACUUCUGGUGUACCAAAACGCAAAUCUCUGUCGGUGUGAUCGAGGCGUAAGAACCAUUUCCACCUCUGCGGCAGGGAGCCUGACCAAAUAGGCGCACGAGAGUGCUUCAGACAUAGCCUUCUGAGUGAAACCCAUUCCCAUGGUUACUUGUGCUAUUUGAUCGCUUCCAAUCGUGGAGAGGGAAGCAAAUUGUCAAUCUUACUAUACUGGAGUGAUAAUUUUCAGCGCAUCUCUAACGAAUGGUUUAUUUAAUUGAAAUGUUGUCCUUUUUUAUUCCAUCCGCAGAACUCGGUGGCAGUCGCCUCAAUCCAUUUACCGCUGGCUGGUACGCCUAACCCCUCUGCGUUGCAAUCUGUUGAUAACUCGACUUGCAAGCUGCAGUUUAUUGUCUUUCGAAAUGGGAAACUCUUUCCUUGCACAGGGAAUUCGUCAAAUCUUGCAGAUGAUGGAAAACGUAGGAGCGUUUCGACACCAGUUGCUUUCACCAAAUUAGAUAGGUGCACCCUCGGGAGCGCGGUGCACUCCGUUACCAUCGCUCUCAGGCACUUCGCGCUGGGUGUAGACCCCACCGCAGCCUAUUGGGAUUUUGACCUGCUAGAUGGGCACGGUGGCUGGCGGGCAGAGGGGUGCCACAUAACAGACUCCCUGGGCAGCACGACCACCAUUCAUUGCACUCAUCACAAUAACUUUGCGGUGCUAAUGGAUCUGAAGAAGGUGCUUUCUUUCCCCCCGUACCCUGGGGAGUUUCUGCACCCGGUCGUGUAUGCCUGCACGGCCGUUAUGUUACUCUGCCUCUUCGCCUCCAUCAUCACCUAUAUCGUGCACCACAGCACAAUCCGCAUCAGUCGGAAGGGAUGGCACAUGCUCCUCAACUUCUGUUUCCACACGGCUCUGACCUUCACUGUGUUUGCCGGAGGCAUCAAUCGAAUCAAAUACCCCAUCAUCUGUCAAGCAGUUGGCAUGGUGCUACACUACUCGUCCCUCUCCACCAUGCUGUGGCUGGGGGUGAUGGCCCGGAACAUUUACAAGCAGGUGACCAAAAAGCCCCUGCAGCCCCAAGACGGUGACCCGCCUGCCAACACCAAACAGCCCAUGCUAAAUCUACAACCCAGGCUGGCAUACAGAGAGAAGCACAUCCUCAGGUUUUAUUUAGUCAGUGGCGGAGUGCCCUUCAUCAUCUGUGGAAUCACAGCAGCCAUCAAUAUUGAGAACUAUGGCAGUGGGGAGACGGCACCCUACUGCUGGAUGGCGUGGGAGCCCAGCCUUGGCGCCUUCUACGGCCCCGUGGCGUUCAUCGUCCUGGUCACCUGCGUUUACUUCCUGUGUACCUUCAUUCAGCUGAGGCGCCACCCCGAGAGAAAGUACGAGCUGAAAGCCCUGACUGAGGAGCAGCAGAGGCUGGCAUCCAUCACCGAUGUGGGUAGGCAUUGCCAUCAAGGGGAAGGGGAGCCCGGAGCCCUGCCACCACCGCCCAAUGGAGGGCACUGCCAUGUGGGCUGCCACUCGUCCACUGCCAUCAACCCCUCUAUGCUGGCCAACGAGCAUUCGUUCAAGGCCCAGCUGAGGACGGCGGCCUUCACCCUCUUCUUGUUCGUGGCCACGUGGGCCUUCGGGGCGCUGGCUGUGUCACAGGGCCACUUCCUGGACAUGAUCUUCAGCUGCCUGUAUGGUGCCUUCUCCGUCACACUGGGCCUCUUCGUGCUCAUCCACCACUGUGCCAAGCGGGACGAUGUGUGGCACUGCUGGUGCGCCUGCUGCCCCGGGAGACGCGCCAACCACGGUUGCCACGGCCAUGGUCACGGCCACACUCGUCCAAAGGUUAAUGUCAAUGGGGAUGCCUUAGGGCAUGGGCACGGGCAUGGGCACUGCCACCUGGAUUCGCCGUGCCCAGGUAAGGCCCUGUUAGGAGGACACACCCACAGUGGCACCUUGGGUCACUGUAAGCAUGGCAGCCUGGCGUCGUCGCAGAACCAUGUGACGUGCCUGCCCGCCGUGGUGCCGUGCUGCGCCGCCCUGCACAGCCAGCAGCUGAUGGAGGAGGAGCCUCCCGCACACGUGCUGCUACACGCCGACCCCGAGGGCUACCGGCCAGACAUCCACCUGCAUCGAUGCCUGAAGGGCAGCACUAGGACUAAGCCUCGCCACUUCAGCCGUCACCGGCAGGCUGGCACAGGAGGGGGAGGAGGGGUGGGAGAGCGGGAGUACGCCUAUCACAUCCCUACUAGUGUAGACGGAGGCUCUAUCCACAGCUCCCACACAGACAGCCCUCACAGUACGCACGAGCGUCACGGACACAUCUGCCACCUGGCUGCUGCCCCCAACGAAGUAGGCCACCACACUUGCCAAGCGACAACGGCUCACGAGGCGGCGCUGGCAUGCCACGCCCCCUGCCACCGGCACGUGCCUUGCUGUGCCAAGGCGGACCUGUUCCCCACUCUGUGCCAGGUGGAGGCAGGCGACACAGGCACCUUUCUGUGCGGCUGUGGCAAAAUAGCCAAUGAGGAGGACGUGAUCAUGCCUCAUCACCACCUGGAGAUGCACCCGCGCAGACAAUCCUACCCCCAGAACCCGCCGCCCAAUCAGAAUGGCAUCCUUAAAGGUGGCCUGCACGAGGGUUUCCUGUACGCAUCAGACAGCACAGGGAAUAUACGCACUGGACCCUGGAAAAAUGAAACUACUGUGUAGUCUAAAGACGGGGGGAAGAUAAAGGCAUCCAUUCCCGCCCCAGCCUCCGUCCCUCCAAUCCUCAACUCACUCCUCCUUUCCUUUCAAGGAAGUACGACAACAGAAAUGAUUUCACAACUCUAACAUCACGACUUUUACUUUUUAUUCUUUGUUUGUUUUCCUGUGUUCCAUUUCACUCGACAGAUUAUCUGACAUUGUCGUAUAAGCUCCCCAAUGACCAGCCAUACAGUACACAGAACUGAUUUUUCUCCUUCAUAGAGGAAUGUGAGUCCCACGCUGCGAGAUACAGUACCUUUUGUCGAAGGUAUUUUUACCACUAUAGUAUGUUAUUAUUAUUACAGAUCUAUCGAAGAUGGAGAUUACGGAUGUGUGUGUGUGGAUGUGUGUGUGAACAGAACAUUUGUGUUUAUUCUCGCUCAAAGCAAAUGAGAUUGCGUUCUCUAUUGUGAGUCCCUAAAAUCCCCCGACUACUCUCUGAUUUGUGUACCUGCAGUACUUCAAGAAGCUCAGUACCAGUGUUUUAGGCAAACACACCAGCAAUUUAGAGUCAUUGGUAUUUUCGCCAUUUUGAACAAAAAGCAUACUUACUAUAAUAUACUGUGAAUAUCAGUUAGAGAUUUCUUAGUAAUAUACAAAGAUGUCUGCUCUCGUCAGAGUUCCGUGGAUGCCGAUAUGUUGUGAAAUAGUAAAAAAAAAAAAAAAAAAACACAUUGAAAACCCGAAACCACAUGAAGUAUUCUGUUACAGGUUGAUAUUGAAUGUUCUUGUCUGUAUGAUGUCUUACUGUCGUGUUUUUUUAGAGCGAAGUGUACAACAACAAUCACAUUGUCAUUGUGUAUAUUUGCGGUGUUGGCGCGAUAGUGACAUUCAUGUCAUCACGUGCCAUGACCAAGCAGCAGCCGUUCCAGGCUCAACCCUUUCCUCUUGUCCCAUUUGAUAUACAGUAAAACCAAGCCAACAUUUUCCAUCUCUGGCAAGGCAUCACAAAAUGGUUGGAGGUUCAUUCAAUGGGUCAUGUCCGAAAUCAAUGCUUAAACACAAUAUUUCAUUUCUUUAUAGGAAACAGAGCAUGCAAGCCUUGUAUGUAGCUUUGUGCUGUGUUUUUGCUUUGUAUAUCAAUGCACAUUUCUUGAAAAACGCCAUCACUUUUGUCUAUGGAGCAGAUCAAGCUGUGUUCGCUAUAACAUGCCGUGAAACAAACAAUUAUAUUUUUACACGAUUUUUAGUAUCAUUAUGCCAUUAUUAUGGAUGCUUCUGAAACCAUGUUCUGUUAAGGGACAGAGGACAGGGCAGAGAUGCAGUGUUGAAUAUUUAACCUUAUACAGGUGGUAUUAUAUAUGGUGGCCCUAAGAGCCAAUUUAUGCUUGAUUCGAAAAUGUGGUGGGAGGCGCUGUAUGGAUGUUGUGACGUAAUUGCGGAGCCCCUGGAAGCACGCAGAGGCCAAAUUGAGCACCGUACCACAUCGCCGUGCGCUCCAUAUAGCUCCGCAUUGACAUGAUUGGUUGACGGUAGGUGAGGGCUUAAGGUCCUGUAUAAACACAAACUAACUUCCUUCACAACAGCUCUGCUUUGCGAAGCGCAAGAAGUAUGAAUGCCCCUGACUUCUGCAGAGGCCAUAUCACCGUAAAUGCUGCGUGGCCAAUGCAGCCGUCAGAUUGACCACGCAGCGCCUUUUAAGUGGCAAAGUAAUUUAAGAAAAUCUAAUUUGCCCCUUAGGGCCACCGUAGUUAUGUUCGGUAUGGAAACCAGUCAUUCCCGAGUGAGAGAGAACUGACAAGAUUAAUUGAGAAACAAAUCACUACCUACAAGAAUACAGCAACUCCUGCCUGGCCAAAACCACCUUGGCAUGCCACACCAUCCAUCCAUCUUGUGCACUCUUGUCUAUGUACAUAGAAUUGGUUCUGAUGAAUUAUUUUAUACAAGAUUUAAAAUGUUAAAGAGUAAAUAAAUAUAUAUGUAAAGAAAAUGUAUGGGAAAGACCUCUUAAUGUUAAUGCUCAGUAUCUGAGUUUAGAAAUGUAAUUUGUUCUUGGUGCAUUUUUCUGUUUGCUUGUAUUUUUGUUCUGAUCUUUCAUAAGGUAUGCGGACUGGCCAUAUAUUUUGUUAUAUUUGACACAUAAAUGCACUAACCGCUAUGGGAUACCAGGACUUAAUGUCACUCACGUCAACUGUGAUUCAGUUGUGAUCUGACUUCAACAAGGGACUUGAUUUUAGAAAGAAAUGUUAGAAUUUCUGAAAAGAGAGCAUUUUUAGAUGUACAUACAUAAAAGGAAUAUUUCUGAUUUUGGAAGACAAAGACUGACCAGUAGCAAAAUGAGCAGCCAUGAGACUUCAAGACUAUGUCAGAUGAAUAUUGAUGCUGUGUAACAGUUUCACUAAAAACACCUAACAUCCUUGGUAUUCUUAAAUCAUCCUGCAUUAAACAUGUCUAUGAGAGACUA